AUGCCAAACGAACAAUAUUCAUCUAAAGCAAUGGAUUACUAUCGCUCACCACCUCUCGCCUCUAACACCCUCAUAUACCCACCCAUCAAUUCUCGACCCAUGCCCGCACCAUACUAUGAACCACUUCAACACAGCUACCAUAAUAUGUCCAGCUAUGCAACAGGAGGUCCCGUGCAACAACCUCCUUUACCACUUCCGACUCAGCAUUAUGUCCAGAGUACUCCAAUGCCACCUUCCAUUCGACCUUCAUCCGGAGCAUGGACACCCAUUGGUGAUCGGACUUUGAUAGCAGCACGCAAGCAGGGGUUGAAUUGGCAACCUAUUCAAGCAACAUACUUUCCAACCAAAUCAGCAAACGCCUGUCGAAAGCGUCAUGAACGUUUGAUGGAACGCAAAUCUAGCGACGAUUGGGAUAAUGUCAAAUCUGAGACCCUCGCGAAGCAUUAUAUGGAUAUGCGUAAAGAAAUUUGGUCCGGUCUGGCUGCAGCUACUGGGGAGAAAUGGACUGUUGUGGAGCAAAAGUGUAUGUCAACUGGACUCAAAAACAUGCAAACAUCUGCUAGAGCUUAUGCUCGCCGCGAACGUAUGAUGGAAGCCGGGGGACAAGCUGGAAAUGCACCAUACUCCGACCACAAUGAAUAUGAAGUUCACGAAGAUAGUGGCAUCAGCAUUAACCUUGACGCCGAUUAUGACCGCGAUAACGGCUCCGAAGCCUCUACUAAUGAUCCAAUCAACCAUACUCAACAACACUACUCAUAUGCACCACAAGUGCUUUCGGAUGGUCGACCGGAUGGAUAUCCACAGACGGAACGUAAUGAUGGUUACCCACAGUCGGAUCGCAACGAUGGCUACCCACAAACAGAUCGAAGUACAUAUCAUCAAGACAAUAGAAAUUCAUUUCACUCUCGCUUACCUUCUAUGGAUAUGGGCAUCGAUGCUAUUAUCAAUCAACCAUCUGGUCUCUAA